UGAACUUUGUUUGUCAUGUAAAACAUUGGAUUAUGAUAAGCCAAAGUAUUGCAUCCACCAUCAUUGUUUCCUCUAGUCCAAUUGCUUUUUCUCCUCUCUUUUUUUUUUUCUUGAAUUUUUAUGACUUUACCUCCCGCCAUGAAAUAAGGACCACAUCAGUGCAUUUGAUUAUGCGAAUUGAAAUUAAAAUUCACGUUAAGGAGAGAAUAAGGUUGGAUGCUUCCACAGUUCCACUAUAAAAUCCCUCCUUGCCCUUCAAAGUUUUCUCAAUCGAGAGAUGCAUACACAGAGAGACACAAAAAUGGGAAAGGUUGGUCCAAUAUUUCUAAACCUUUUGCUCUCACUAUGCCUAGCCAUGCCAAUGGUACAAAGCACCAUUGAAGGACCUGAGAUUGAGCAAUGGUUUCAAAACCUUCAUCUAGCAAAACAGAAGCUGACCCGUCUGCACUUCUACUUCCACGACGUCGUUUUGGGCCCAAGCCAGACCUCAGUGGGGGUAGCCCGUGCACCCAACACCUUCAAAUCACCCACCUUGUUCGGGCUAGUCAACAUCUUUGACAACCCGCUAACCACAGGACCCGAACCCACAUCUGAACUCUUGGGUCGAGCUCAAGGGCUCUACGGGUUCGCCUCCCAAGAGGAAGUGAGUCUUCUUAUGUCUGUGAACUUUGUUUUCACAAGUGGCAAGCACAAUGGGAGCAGCCUCACCGUUUUGGGUCGUAACCCAGUUGUGCAUUCAGUCAGGGAGUUGCCAAUAAUCGGUGGAACUGGUGUUUUCCGAUUGGCACGUGGGUUUGCGUUGGCCAAGACUUAUUUUAUUAAUACUACUCUUGCCAUUGUUGAAUACAAUGUUGUAGCUCUGCAUUAUUGACUGAGAAGAGUGGUGGAAAUCGUGGGUUGGUUUGCUAUUUGUUUAACAGUUUUUUCGUGCUUUGCUGCAUUUAAAUAUGUUAUACAAAGUUGGGACUUCCUGGAGAUAUUUGUAU